UUUCCUCAUUAUGCUGAUGAAAACCUUUGCCAACUGGUGACAACUGUGAGUUUGCAUAGAACACAGCGUUAUAGUCUGUUGUCUAAGUGCAUGCAUGCAUAAUGUCAGUCUCAAUUUAUUUGGCCCAAUCUAGCCUGCGAGGCUGGCUGGCUAGAGUUACCUCUGUGAAAGUGACACCUUUAGCCCUUGAUCACGUGACCCUGUUCAACACAGAUGCAGGUUCUGGUGACGACCCAUGCUGCAGUACGAACGCCUGCCAAACAAAAGACCAGCGUGGAUCAAGUCAGACCUGCCCUGCCUGGAAGGAGAUCAUCCUCUCGCCUUCACUCCACGGCCUUUGGGAAAGGUUAUUUGAUAUCGUCUUAUCAUGACUGUCAAGCAUUUCUCAUUGGAUUACAACAAGCUGAACGAGCGAGGCACCUUCUCUCCCGGGGACACCCUCUCGGGGAGGGUGACAGUGGUGACCAGCAAGGAAACCAAGGCGCAGUGUUUUUCGGUCAAAGCCAAAGGAAAAGCGAAGGUGACGUGGCAUGAACAACAAGGACAAGCCACGAGGGUCCACAGUGAAAAGAAGAAAUACUUUUAUUUUGAACAUAUCAUUCUGCAGGAUAAAAACAAAGGCGAUGGCUCAGAAAUCAUCGGUCCCGGGAGAAAUGUCUAUCCAUUCACCUUUGUGAUUCCAAAUAUAGACAUGCCUUCAUCUUAUGUCGGGAGGUGGGGCAAAAUUACAUAUAGUCUGCGAGCUAAACUGACUCAGUCUAUUUGGCUCGUCCACAAAACCAAAAUCGAGUUCCCUUUUCUGACCAAGUCUGAGUUCCCCUUCGCCUCCAAAUCAGAAAUGAUCAUCAUUGGACUGAAGGAGCAGCAAUGUGUGACCAGGAUCUCAUUUUAUGGCUCCGAUAAGAUUACAAUGAAUGUAACCUCGGAGCAAAUGGGAGUAAAGCAAGGUGAGGCGUUGGGGGUCUCUGUUGAAGUACUCAAUGAGUCAGCGCGCACAGUAACCCCCAAUUUCUACCUGUGUGAGAAGCAGACCUUUGCGGCUCAAUCGAAGAGGAUAGUGCACACUGAUGACACACUGUUUGGGAGCGGAGACUCUGUUCCGGCUCAGACCAGUCGGACUAUAACCAAAGUUCUGAGCAUCCCCCCGCAGCUUCCCCCGACCUUCUUCAACUGCUGCAUGAUGAAGCUCGAGUACAGACUCAAGGUCACUCUUGACGUCCCACUGGCAAGAGGCGCAGAGAUCAAACUCCCUCUGGUCAUCCUGCUGGGGUCUCCAAAACCACAUCAACAGAAACCAAAGAGAUCGAUCUGGUUUAGAAAGCUUCCUGGAUAAAACAAAUUAAAUAAAUAAUAAAAAAAAAUAAGUAUGCUGCUGAAUGAUUUGAAAAAACAAAACAAAAAACAAAACUACCUCAAGUGCUUGAAAAUGUGUUCACUGUGUGUUCUUUUUGUCCACUAGAUGGAGAUGUGUGUCACUGAGUCUGCUAGUAAGAGUUGAUUCAUGUGAGUGACUCAGAGUCUUUGUUCAAGUAAAAUAAGUUGGGGCUAAAAUGCACAUCUGACAACUUUUUUUGUAUCUUCCACUCUGUAUGUUUUAACAAGCAUAUCUGUACCUUUGUCUCCUAUUGUUUGCCACUUUAGUCUGAAUGGGUCUUAGGGGAUUAUUGAUCAUUGAUGACCAACCCAUAAUAUCUGUAUUUGAAAUCCUGUGACUGAGACUGUCUCUCUGGUGCAUUUGUGAACAGCUCAUGCAAAUUAUACUGAUUAAGUGUAAUAGUCUUUGUAUUACAUUAUUGUUACAUGAUGUUCAGUUAACUUUGCACAGAGGCCACUAGAAAUAGGAAUACUUUUUGCUUUUAUACUUUGAGUACAUUUCAGAGCCUGUAUAGUAACAGCACAGUCAACUAGUUGAAUCAGUACUUCUA